GUCAUAUCUACGUCCGAGGCAGUCACAUACCGAAUCUUGUAUUUUCAUUCUCAAAGUGUCUGCCUUAUAAACUUCCAGUUUUUUCCUGAAUAUCCCCAGCCCACAUCUUCUCUUGCCUUUGCCUCUUGGUAAACUCAGAAAUACUUAUAGAUCACAAUGGUCAUGAGAGUCCAGCCUGGAGUUUACUACAUCCGCAAUCUUAAAACAAAUGGCUAUCUCAAUCCAGAGAGUGGUUAUUCUUCUGCCGGUCGCAAAGUAUUUCUUGAAUCCUGGGUUCAGCAAGGCUCUUUGAAGUGGAUUGUUGCAUACAACUCCAUGAAUGGUACUUACUGGAUAAAGAGCUAUGUUUCUUCCCAGUACUACCUUGUACCUGGUAUCCCACCAAGUCGUGCACGGCCUCCUCAGCUUGAGUUGAAUGACCAGGCAUGUCCAUGGGUUAUUGCUGAUACUCCCAAUGGAAAUGGAUUCUUCAUAGUAAAGGGGGAUGAACAAGAUCAAGUCAUCGAAGCUGAUGCUGGAGGCCCAGGGGCACUUCUCAAUGACUUCAAUCCUUCCAGGGCUGAAAAGAGACAGAUCUGGGAGUUUGUCGCCGCCCAGUAAUUUCCGAAUGGGAAUGUUCACUGACACUUCAUGAUGUCAGGGAAGAAGCUUCAAGUAGUUCUUUUUUGUUUCUUUUGAUGUUUCUGUAAUAUUUUAUGUGUAUUAAACUCCGAAAUUUGGCAACUACCAAUCUACAGCUAUUACUAUAACUAAGUUUUCAAAAAGUUGUGAAGUUGUGUUUAGUAUCACCUUCUCUC